CACCAACCAGGUGUGGCGUGAAGAAUCACCUGUUUGUCAUUACCAAGUAGUGUGAAAACCAUGAAGACGGUUGUGACUCUCUGUGUCGUGUUGGUGCUCCUCUAUCACGUCGAGGGAGCAGCUCCUGGGACGCAGUGCACGAGUUCUCACGGCUGCGGCAGCUGCUGCAGAGACAGCACCGGCAGGGUCAUUUCAACUGACCAGGGCAAUGGACCAUUUGGCGGAUUCGGUGGUUUUGGAACGCUUGGAGGUCAGCGUAAUGGCACGUGCAGCACCAAGAAAGCUGUGAAGGGCGAGAUCUGUGACAGCUCGUGCCAGUGUGACACAGGUCUGGCUUGCUAUCGGCCAUUGACCGGCGCCUGCUGUCCGCCCUCCACCUGUGUUGAUGAAGCGUACGCUCAAAAACAGCACGCAUAUUGGGCCAGCUGCUUCGCCAACCCACAAUGUGCUCUGCCCGCAUAAACGAUACCAUAAUAUCGGAAAAUAUACAUAUGUAUGCUUAGAAGAAAACUCAUGUUACUUUUAGAAAAGUAAACCAGUCAGUUUGAGAGUCUACGUAUUUGGGUCAACUCUGUCAUAUUUGAUGCAAAGCAUUUGCUGUGAAAACGAAUAAAGCGUAAAUGUGGA